GCCGCGGCCAUUUUCCCGCCGGACGCUCCAGUUUCAUUGUGUGAGACAUUAAAUACCGAGGCGGCGAGACACAAAACAGCGCGUUUAAACACAAAUAAGCGCCCUUUCUCUCAGCUCGAACCAGCACCUUGAACCCGCAGCAGCAGAAUGGCUCGUACCAAGCAGACAGCCCGCAAAUCCACCGGGGGGAAGGCGCCCCGCAAGCAGCUCGCCACCAAGGCAGCCCGCAAGAGCGCGCCCUCCACCGGCGGCGUGAAGAAACCGCAUCGCUACAGGCCCGGUACCGUGGCCCUGCGUGAGAUCCGCCGGUACCAGAAGUCCACAGAGCUGCUGAUCCGCAAGCUGCCCUUCCAGCGUCUGGUGAGAGAGAUCGCCCAGGACUUCAAGACCGACCUGCGCUUCCAGAGCGCUGCCAUCGGAGCCCUGCAGGAGGCCAGCGAGGCUUACCUGGUUGGGCUCUUUGAGGACACCAACCUGUGUGCCAUCCACGCCAAGAGAGUCACCAUCAUGCCCAAAGACAUCCAGCUGGCCCGCCGCAUCCGCGGGGAACGCGCCUAGAACACGCCUAGAACACGCCUAGAACACGGCUACCAGCAGGGAAACAAAAUGAAGCUAACGAAGACAACAAUAAUAGCAAAAGAGAAAAAAUUAUAUAUAUCUUUUUAUGAAUAAUAAUGUUUUCCAUUUA